CCGGGCUGUCCCGCCCCCGACCCGCGUCCGGCGGUCGUCCGGCGGGAAGGGGCGGCCGCUCGGGCAGGAUGGCGGCCGCGGCAGCCGCGGGUCCCGGCGCGGGCGCGGGGGGCCCGGGCCCGGGUGGUGGCGGCGGGGCGCGCGAGGGCGCGCGGGUGGCGGUGCUGUGUCUACUGUGGUACGCACUGAGCGCGGGCGGUAACGUGGUCAACAAGGUGAUUUUGAGCGCCUUCCCGUUCCCGGUCACCGUGUCGCUGUGCCACAUCCUAGCGCUGUGCGCCGGGCUGCCGCCGCUGCUGCGCGCCUGGCGCGUGCCGCCCGCGCCGCCCGUGUCGGGACCCGGACCCGGCCCGCAUCCGGCGUCCGGCCCGCUGCUGCCGCCGCGCUUCUAUCCUCGUUACGUCCUGCCACUUGCCUUUGGCAAGUACUUCGCGUCGGUGUCGGCGCACGUCAGCAUUUGGAAGGUGCCGGUCUCCUACGCGCACACGGUCAAGGCCACCAUGCCCAUCUGGGUGGUCCUCCUGUCCCGGAUCAUCAUGAAGGAGAAACAGAGCACCAAGGUGUACCUGUCGCUGGUCCCCAUCAUCAGCGGAGUCCUGCUAGCCACUGUCACAGAGCUGUCCUUCGACGUGUGGGGGCUGCUCAGCGCCCUGGCAGCCACGCUGUGCUUCUCCCUUCAGAAUAUCUUCUCCAAAAAGGUGUUGAGGGACUCCAGGAUCCACCACCUGCGGCUGCUCAACAUCCUGGGCUGCCAUGCCGUGUUCUUCAUGAUUCCCACGUGGGUUCUGGUGGACCUCUCCACCUUCCUGGUUAGCAGUGACCUGGCAUAUGUGUCUCAGUGGCCCUGGACACUGCUGCUCUUGGCAGUUAGUGGCUUCUGCAACUUUGCACAGAAUGUUAUCGCCUUCAGCAUUCUCAACCUCAUCAGUCCACUUAGCUACUCGGUAGCCAACGCCACCAAGAGGAUCAUGGUCAUCACUGUGUCCCUCAUCAUGCUGCGCAACCCAGUGACCAGCACCAAUGUGCUGGGCAUGAUGACCGCCAUUCUGGGUGUCUUCCUGUACAACAAGACCAAGUAUGAUGCGAACCAGCAGGCCCGGCGCCAUCUCCUUCCCAUCUCCACAUCAGACCUGAGCAGCAGCGAGCCCUUGCGGAGCCCGAUGGAGAAGCCCCACAAUGGCGCACUGGUCCCCCAGCAGGGGGACUUCCAGUACCGCAACAUCCUCCUUACAGAGCACUUCCAGUGCAGCCGCCAGGGCCGCCCCAGCUCCCACGCUCUCAGCCGACAUGACGUGUAGGCCACGUCAGGCCUCCUGCACCCUCUUUCUUGAGCCCAGCAGCUUCACGAUAUUCUGGCAGCCUGACUGAGCACAUGACACACGGCAGCCAUCAGGGGAGCUCUGGGUCAUGCCUCAAGCUCGGGGCAGAAAAAGAGCCACAGAGGAAACCCGGGCUUACGCCUCUGCCGAGAGGCCACUCUUCAUUCGUGGCCCUGCAUUCACUGCCCCUGGCACAUUACAGAGGUCUGGGCUGAACUUGUGGUGAGACUAGGGACAUACUCUGCAGAACUGGCAUCUCUGUGGCUGCAAUCCUGGAAGCCAGGAGGAGGUAGCAUCUGGGGUAUCACGGAGAGGACAGCAGGGCUAUAGCCCAGAGGGAUGGAGGGCUGACAUGGGUGGCAUCACUUGUCCCCACCAAUGCUACAGAGCUCCAGAAUGCCCCGAGGCAGUUGGCCGCUUGCAGGUAGUGCUGCCCAGGGGCAGACCUACAGUGGCCAUCAGCCCGGUAGCCGUGUCCUUCUGCCUUGUGGGUGCCAAAGCAGGACAUAGCCCUCAGCCGGGGGAGACCCUUGGACUCUAGAGGAGCAGCUUGGCUGCCCACUACCCUUCUGAUGGCACAGAAAGAAGGCCAGGUGGUGCUGAUGGCAGUUUCCUCAGAACCUGAGUUUCUCUGGGGAACAUCUCGUCGGCCAUGGGAGCUUUCAUGCCUGGGUCCCAUCAUGUACCACACCCUGGCUCGUCAGCAGAUAGAAACCAUCUUGUCUCACUUCAAAAUAUGGGAUGUUUGUUGCUGGAGCCAGUCCCUCCCAGCUCAGUGGCAGCAGGCAGUGCUGAAGGGUGCGGAUGCUGCAGCCACAGGAAUAGGAAUUACACUCAGAGUACAGUGUUUGUCAGUGAGGAGACCGCAUGUACGCCAGGAUUUGAACUAUGCCCUUGUAAAUGGGACACCAGGCAGGUCUUGGCUUUUUAGUUAAGAAUCACUUUGAGGCUGGGUUGGUAGAGUGCCUGCCUAGCAUGUGUGCAGCCUUGGCUUCUGUCCACAGAAUGCCAUGUAGUAGACAGGCCUGCCUUCCCAAUACUCUGCAAGUAGAUUCAGGAGGAUCUGGAGGACAAGGUCCUCAUCUACAAAGUAAGUUCCAGACCAGCCUGGGCUUCAGUGAGAGGCUGUCUCAGGAAAAUGAUCAGAUUAGGGACCUGGCCUAGUGGCAUAAAUCUAGGAGCUGAGGCAGGAAGAUGGCCAUGAGUUUGACAUCAGUCUGGGCUACAUGAGGCUCUCUCUGAAAAACAAAGUUUAGGGGUUCAUCCUGGUGGCCCAUACCUAUGUUCUUAGGUUCUCAGGAAGCAGAAGCAGGAGGCUUUCCCCACCAGCCUGUGAGUUCCAGGACAGUGUGGCGAUUUAAGGAGAACCUGUUAGUAAGGGGAAGUAUAGGUUUUAUUGUGGGCACCAGGUUUAGCUUGGAGUAUCAAUGGUUCUCAGGGUUUUUUUUUUGGUUUUGAGACAAAGUCUCUCAAGAUAGGCCAGGCUGGCCUUGAACUCAUGGGAUAUACCUAUCUCUGCCUCCUGAGUGCUUGGAUUCUCUAAAACCAUGGGCACCACAGCCAAAUGGAGUCACCCUCGCUAAGCCUCCCAGACUGACCUUUAACUCUUAGCAACCAUGCCCCCUCCUUCACUUCACCUGAACUCACGGGUGCAUCACAUCAUGGCACCCCGGUCCCUAACUCCUUGGGUCCCUCUGCUUUUGAUUGGUUUUUUUUUUUUUUUUUUUUAUAUUGAAGGUUAGUUUAUUACCUUAGUCACCUGCUUGCCUGAGACUUGGCAGCUCCAGCCUCGAACAGUUGCAUCUGCCUUGCUUACUGGUUUGCAGAAGCAGUACCUUGGGAAGGCCGUCUGUUUGGUUUUCCUCAUGGGGGCAGACUGGCCUGCAAAACCUGUCACUACAGAGGUCUCUGUGGGUGACCCUGACUCAGCUCUGGACUCAGAAUGAAUUAUGUCUUUUUGGAUUACUAAGAUAUUCCUGUAAUUUGUGUAUUAAUGUUUUUUUUUUCUUUUUCAGGGAGCAAAAGGCCCAUCUCACUUUUCUUAACGGUUUAUAAAUUAAUAAAUGGGAUACUUCUGUUCAUAGGCUCACAGCAAGUAUGAACACUGUAAUAGAUGAGACAAUCAGGGUAGACCAGAUUCUCAGAUCAAAAGAUGAAUGGCUGGGGCUUGCAACUCUGGCUACGUGCUUCUGCACAUGAAGUCCUGGCCCCCUCAGCAUCACAUACACAGAGUGUUACCCUAGUACACAGGAGGCCGGAUCAGGAGUCCAGUGCAAUGUCUGGCUACAUAGUGAGUUGGAAGCCAGCCUGGACUGUAUGAGAGGAACUACAGACAGACUUGGUCCACAUACUUACUUCCAUUCAAAGUCACACUAGCCCUACUCCCAUGUCACACAUACACACACACACACAUUCACCCGUCCCUCUCCAGGUCUGACCCAUUCUACCUCUGUUGAGGUUCAUUUGAGAAUUUAGGUUGCUGUCCCCACAUACCCUUUGAAAUGGCUUAGCCAAAACACUGAUCCUGUCUUACCCAGCUCCUUCAUUUUACAGAAGAGGAAACUGAGGCUUAGUGAAUGUCUAUUCACUAUUAGAGUACUUGGGGCUUUUAGUUCUUUGAGACAGUAUCUGCCCAUUUAGCCCAGGCAGGCCACAGAAUAGAAGGCACUCCUCCAGCCUCGGCCUCCUGUGUGCCUGGAGGAGCUGCCGUACCCAGCACCUUACUUUAUGUCAUUUAUUCUAGGGAAACCCAAAACUCCCUUGACAGGAGAAGAGCUAGAUGAACUGAGGCAGCAAAGUGCUUGGAACUUGAUUUCCCUGUGUUGGGAGAAUUCCGAGCAGUGGGCUCCUCGUGGGCAGACCCCAGGCCCCAAACCCUCAGGUCUGAAGCAGGAAGCCUGUCAUGCUCUUGCUUUCAUUGUCAUCUUGAGGCUCCUGUGUCACGGACUGUGCUAUGGGAGCAGGGUGUUUGUUUACCAAAAAUAAAUGAUGCUCUCCAGGG